AACAACUCAACUUCUGUGGAGCGCGAGUGUCAAAUUGGAAAGUUGUUCUUGUUUUCUCAUUUAUUUAGAAUUUACAGAGAGUUAUUCUAUUUAAAUAAACAUCAUGUAAAGAAAGCAUCAUUUUAAAAAUAACAAGAGGACUCUGUAUUUUAAUUCAGGAUAUUAAAAGCAAAAAAAUGGAAAGACCAAGUAGAGGACGCUUUUCACGAAGAACCAGCAUUAAUGUUGCGGCAAUGCUGAACCCAGAGAAGUCGGUUCCUAAAUUUGUGAAUUCUAAACUAAUAGUUUUCAGGCAACUUGAUCACAGCAUCAUAAAUGAUGAACACAGAAGAAUCUUUUCAAUACUUUCUUCCCAAUUUGAUAUGAGUGAAGGAGAUAUAGAAAAUUAUUCACUUAGUUCUACAAAAGGACCACAGUUGUUGAAGCAGUUUUCAUCUGAAAUGGACACUGUAUUACUAUUUUAUUAUAAGAAUGGUGAAGAAUAUACUAUUGCUUAGAUAAGAAACAAUAUUCAGACACUUAGAAUCUUUUUAAUCUGAUUGGUGCAAAUCUUAGUGGGUCUGCCAAUGAACACGAUUAGAAAGCCUCUGUGGUCAAUCAUCAAUAAGAACUACAUAUGAAGCUCAAGAG